AAGGCAAUGCCUGCUCUCUGUUUCCGGAAGCGGAAGUCGCGGUCCUCUCGGCGGUAGAGGGGAGGAGGCUGUCAUUGGCAUGUGGCUUGGCCUAGUGUCAGCUGUGCUGCGGGCGGCCCGUCGUCCUCCGCGGGGAUGGCGUCCCCUCAGCAGCCAGCCCGGGCCUCUCGAGCUCUUCGCCACGCCGGCCUUCCAACGGUUCCUGGACCGGCAGCAGCACCGCCGAGGCUCCGCGCCGGAGGUGGCAGCCCUGACCCGCCUCCUGAGGGCCAAGGAAGGGGAGCUGCGCGACACGGAGCGCCUGGCCCGGGAAGAUGAAAAUGAAGACUUGCGAAAACUUGCAGAAAAAGAAAUUAUUUCCUGUCAGGAAGAGUUAGCAGAGUUGAAACGUCAGAUAGUAUUGCAUUUGAUUCCUUCAGAAGAAACAGAUGAAAGUGAUCUUAUAAUGGAAGUGACUGCUGGAGUUGGAGGGAAAGAAGCAAUGCUAUUCACUGCAGAGAUGUUUAAUAUGUAUCAACAGUAUGCUGUAUAUAAAAACUGGAAUUUUGACAUUUUGGAAUAUACUUCCAGUGAUAUAGGUGGAUUGAGACAUGCCUCUGCCACAAUAGCAGGCCCUGAGGCAUAUAGGCAAAUGAAGUUUGAAGGAGGAGUUCAUCGUGUACAGCGAGUACCUAAAACAGAGAAGCAAGGCCGCAUUCAUACCAGCACAAUGACUGUAGCAAUAUUACCACAACCAAAUGAGAUAAAUCUGACACUUAAUCCUAAAGAGUUACGUAUUGAAACUAAACGAGCCAGUGGAGCUGGUGGUCAACAUGUAAAUACCACUGAUAGUGCUGUACGUAUAGUCCAUAUUCCCACAGGUGUGGUAUCUGAAUGUCAACAAGAAAGGUCUCAAAUAAGAAAUAAAGAAAAGGCUAUGCAGAUCCUUCGUGCCAAGCUGUAUAGUAUGAAGCUUGAAGAAGAGUUGACGAAGAGAGAAACUGCCAGAAAGAUUCAAACUGGCACCAAAGGAAGAUCUGAGAAAAUCAGAACCUACAACUUCCCCCAGGAUCGGGUCACUGACCACAGAAUAAGCAGAUCAGUGCAUCAUAUCGAACAAUUCAUGUUGGGGGAAGAACUGCUAGAUGAAAUGAUAGAGGCCCUGAGAGAAUAUGCUGAUUUUGAAGCACUAAUAGACGUGAUUUCAGAAAGCAACCCAACCAAGCUAAGGUGAUCUUCAUUUUAUCCUGCAUAACAGGUAUGGAAGUGCAUCCAAACACCUUUGCUACAAUGUAGUGUUUGGGCCUAUCUGAUUUAGAAGUCCUUCUCUGCCUGUGAAAAAGUCCCCAAACCACUAUUUGAAGGGGAAAGUUUUUUCUUAAGAAAAACACAGCUUCAACUACAGAGUAUUAAACAAGUUAACAAGCUUUAGAAUGAUUGUAGUUUCCACUUCUGAAUUAGCAAUCUCAUUGCUUUUUUUCAAAGACAGGUAGAAAAUUGAAAACUCACCAAUUUUAUGUGUGUAUUAUAAUUAAAAACAUAUCUAGGUUUCAGUAUCUGAAUCAAAGAGCCCCUUCUGUUUAUAGAAGGCUAUUCAUGUAGUGAAGAGAUGCUACUGAUAGAAGUGGAAAGAGCUGUUACCUACUAUCCUCUCAUCCCUGUUCUGGGUAGUCUCCUGAUUGUACACAACCAAUUUUGAGAAAGCAAAAGGGACUGAAGAGGAAGCAGAAAUUGGUAAUCAUAUUUUACCCUUUCCCAUAUAUCAGGGAGAGUGUCCCCUGAGCAGAAGUCCAGCUCCACCCAUAUGCAUGCUAUAACAAAGUUAGUGCAUGUUUUGAAUUAUUACAUUAUUGAUAAUGUAAUCCAAAGAUUCAGAGUAAAAGUGUUGUUUUUAAUGGGUUUUAAGGUCUAGCAUGCUGACAGAUAAAAUAUCUUUGUAGCACUGUUUGCAUCUAUAAAAAGCUUUUUCAUGCUCUGUUGAAAGCAAUAUAAUCUUAGUGUUAGUUUAGUGUUAUGCAUUUGGAUUUCUACUUGAUGUGCAUUAGUUUUAUAUACAGUAACCCAUGAUAUUGUCUAAAAACACUUGUCUGCCUCAUAAUAUGCUGUUUUUCCUCUCUCCCAGCCCAUCUGUCUGUCAUAUACAGAGAACACAUUCAGAGUUUUGUUACCACCUUUAAAACACAUUCUGCAGAAAGAGACAAUCUCUGAUCUCUCCUAACUUAAACAUAUGGAAAAAUGAGAGCUUUGUAUGAUUAUAGAUGCAUGCCUGAUUUAGAAUAAAAAGUCCUAAGAUAUGAACUCUCAUUUUACAUAUUACACCAUCAGUAAGUGAGAGUUCAAGUGUCCUACUGUUCAAAAACUUAAAAUGGAAAUAUUCUGCAGACUUCUAAAUGUUAAGGACAGCUGUGUUAAUGUACCUAACUCAUUCUCCACUCUGUUUUGUUCCUCCUUGAAUAAUAACUGAUUCAUAAGAGUGUGAUACAAUAGGACUUUAUCCUCCGUGUUUUAGACUGAAGUCAUCUUGCAGUAUUUAGUAGCUAUCCAAAGAGCUGUACAAAAUUUUAUCAACAGUUUGAAAACUCUUGUUUAGUGAUUUAUUUAGAAAAACUGAGUUGUAUAGCUGCUAACAUGAUUAUGUACACAACUUGAGCAUUUUACGUUUUUCACAAUGUACCACAAUAUUUAUUCAUAUUUAGAUGUAUAUUUUUUUAAUAUAAGCUUUCAGACAAUAAAUAUAUGGGAGGCUCUUCCAAAUAAUCGAUGUUUAGAAAAGGGAAGUGAAAGCAACUGCCUCUCUGUUUUCAAGAAACAACACAUUAAAUCAAAUGUUGUUUCUUUCAUAAAGGCAUUAAGAGAUGCAUAAUAUUUCUGUAUUGAUCUUGGCAUAUAUAUAUAUUUAAUGAGACAAAGUUAGAACAUGGGAUGGUAGAUAUAAGGUGAUAACUUUUAAUUUGCCCAACUAGGGGGGCACAACAAAACUAUGGGCUGGCAAAUAUGGCUGACGUUUGCAAAGGGAAAUUGUUAUCCUGCUAUCUGAAGGCAAAUGAAAUCAAUUGAUUUGGAGAUACUGGGUCAUUCCCAGGCUUUUCCUAUUGUUCCAGCUGGGAUACACAUCUCUCCAGAGAUUUCUAGAGGGUGGAAGGAGCCAGCAUGUUAUAGUGGUUUGAGCGUUGGUGUUUGACUGGAGAUCAAGGUGUGAAUCUAUGCUCAGCCAUGGAAAUGCAAUGAGUGACUGUGGGCAUCUCACUCUCUCUCAGCCUCAGAGAAAGGCAGUGGCAAACCACUUCUGAACAAACCUUGCAAAAAAAAAAAAACACAACACCUGUGGUAGGGUUGUCAUGUCAGAAAUGCAUUUGAAGGUGCACAGCAAGGAGGUAGGGGAGAGGAACUGGCAAAAGCCCUUUUCUCAUAGUGGAAGUAAAGAUUGGAUCCAAGCUGAUGGUAUCAUUUGAAUGUCCCAAAGUUGAUAAAUGUUUCUAAACAGAUGCUAUGAAAAUACUUUUAUCCUGCACUUCAUGAAGAAAAUUAAGGUCCUCCAGAUGGUUUUGAUUACAAGUUACAUAAGCCCCAGUCAGCAUGACCAGUGGUAAGAGCUGUGGGAGCUAUAGUCUAAAAUACAUGAAAGCCACGUUUCCAUUCCUGCUAAACAGAUGAGUUCUGUGGAAAACUAUCAGGAUGUGACAAAAGCAGUGCUAGGUGGAAAUUAUUGGAAGAAUGGAAGAGUUCAAACUUUAAAUUAUAAUUUAACAAACUAACAGGAAGAUCAUGUACUCGUGUAAAACAAUUUUGUGAUAAUUUAUUUAAUUGGUUCAUUUGCUGUGAAACAUUAAAUAGAUCCUGAGUCCCUGUUUUACAGCAGCUUUGUUUGAAUCUUACCUUGUGUAUUCUAAAGAUGGCUAAGAUCUCAGUAAUAGUUCUUAGGGGCGACUUCCACUAUUCUUAAUGGGGCGCACCCCUGCGUACACAAGCACACACCCCAUUCAAGCCUGCACACACAGGCAUGAAUAUGCACGAGCCUCCCUUUUUGCAGUGUGUGUGUGUGUGCGUCCGGAACAGAUUCCCCGGAAAAACAGAGGGCCAACUGUACUGGGAAAAUAAUAUUUUAAUAAAUGUAGCAAGUGGAAUCAUCUGCUACAGCACUAUCCACUGUAUGUAGGCGGUCAGUCUGAAAGGAGCCUUGGACAACAGGUUUAGAUUUGCUUCCAGAAAUUAAUGCAAGUUGUGGCAGAAACAAAGUCAUCUUGCCUUAUAAAUGAAAACGUUUGUUGUUAUCUUGUGGACUGUAAUCUGUUUUCUCAGAUUCAUGGAAUAUUUCCUCAGUUGAGGACAUACUCAACUGUAUUAGUACAUAUGCUCCGAUGGUUAAAUUCAUGAGGACUGUAGUCAGUAGAAUGAAAGAGAAUUAAAAUGUACAAAGUGGU